UUCUUUCAUUUUGCAUUCAAUAAAGAAGAACGCGAUUACGCUUGUGCAUUUAAACGAACAAACAAAUCGGUAUUUUGUGAAACUAUGGUAAAAAUGAGGCCCUUUAUUUUCCUGUUACUGUGUGCAUUCGUGGCGGGCGUUCAAACAGACGAUGUGUCCAUGAUGGAGGGGAAUUCUGUCACUCUACACACAGGUUUAAAAACGCGAGGCAAACAUACGAAAAUUAAAUGGUAUUUCAAUGACAUCCCAAUAGCCCAAAGCAAAGGGUCUUGGAGUAAGCUAUUUAUUAAUGCUCAGUGUGAUGGACUAUUCAGAGACAGACUGAAGCUGAACAAUCACACAGGUGAUCUGACCGUCACAGACAUCAAGACUUCCAAUGCAGGGCAUUAUAGACUACAGAUCAUCAGAAAAAGCAGCAACAUACAAAAAAUGUUCAUUGUUGCUGUUCAGGGUGUUUCCGCUUUAGUAAAAGAGGAUGUGCUAGUGCAGGAAGGAGAGUCUGUCACUUUAGAUCCUGGUGUAAAAAACCCAAGCGAUAUGAUGACGUGGUAUUUUAAUGACACUCUCAUCGCUGAGAUCAAUGGAAAUCAAAGUUACAUCUGUACUGAUAUUCAGUGUGAUGAGAGAUUCGGAGACAGGCUGGAGAUGGAUCAUCAGACUGGAUCUCUGACCAUCACGAACACCACAAUCACAGACUCUGGACUUUAUAAACUACAGAUGAGCAGCGGCUUCAUAAAGAACUUCAGUGUUACUGUCACUGGUAAUUUGGUUGCGCCAUAUAGUGAUUCUGAUGUUCAUUUUGUGUCUCUGGAGGAGAACGAUUCAGUCAUUCUGCACACUGAUGUUGAAACAAGGCAACAAAGAAAGAUUCAAUGGUAUUUUUAUGAUGUUCUUAUAGCUGAGAUCACUGGAGAUCUCAGUUUUAUCUGUACAGAUGUUCAGUGUAGUAAAGGCACUGAGAGAUUCAGAGGAAGACUCAAGCUGGACAAUCAGACCGGAUCUCUGACCAUCACAAACGCCAGAUACACAGAUUUAGGACGAUAUAAACUACAGAUCAACGGCGGCAGCAGUAAAAAGAUCUUUGGUGUUAUUGUCAGUGUAGGUUUCACGGAGACGACAUCACAGAAAGAAGGAAAAUCUGUUACUUUUUAUGAUGAUCUAAUAAAACACAGAUUUAAUGUGUUGAAGUGGUAUUUCAAAGACACUCUCAUCGCUGAGUUCAAUGCGGAUCUCAGGUAUCAUUGUGUAGACGAACAGUGCGAUGAAAGUAAUGAGGGAUUCAGAGACAGACUGGAUUUGGGUUGGACUGGAUCUCUGACCAUCAGAAACACCAGAACCACAGACUCUGGAGGUUAUUAUUUACACAGAAGCUGCAGCGUCGGCAGAUACAGCAUCAUUAGGCGUUUCAGUCUCACUGUCACUGCUGUUCAAGAUCCAGGUGUGUCUCCAGUUCCUGUGGUAUUAAUUAUUGUCGGUGUUCCGCUGGCAGUUACUUUCCUUCUCUGUUGCCUGUGCAUACUAGUGGAACGCACCAAAUGCACCCGAAAAACAAGAAGAGGACCAGUUUAAGACUUUUGAUGGUUUGCAAAGCUUACCGUCAGAUGUUUGAUUGCUAGUUGACUGUUUGAGUUGCGUUUUUUUCUUUUGUUGUUGUUUAUGAAUCCUUUCAAUUCAUCUUUAGGGAUAACAAUUUUUAUUUCUAAUUUGUAAUGACCAUUAUAUAUCCAUAAAGUCGGAUAAAAAUCUGGUUCUUUUUAAAAUCGUAGCAGUUUUAAUAGUCGACACAUUAUUUUUUUAUCGUUAAACACCGACGGUGUUCGACAUUAUGAGAUACUUUUUAAAAGCAGAUAUAUUUAGAGCAAUUUCUUUUUUAAUUUGUUUGAAUACUAUUUUAGCAAUCCUUUUUAAUUUGACAUCCCUUCAGCCAUUGAACCAAACAAUGUCGCUUUGCUAACGGUUUCUUGUUUAAACAAAAUAAAAAUAUUUCUGAGCCAUCUAAAUCAAAUGAUUCACAUUUCAAACAGAUAGUGGGCAUAAACCUUGAAAGGUAUAUUGUUAGUGCACUAGAUGGCGGUCUUUUAUAUUAUACUCACUGCAGUGUAGGCACUUCAAGUAUUGGUGACUUAAGCAUUUUUUUAUAUUUAUAUUUAAUUUUUUUUUAUGUCCAUAUACAUAACCAUACUAGAUGAAUAAUUUAAAGAACCUUCAUUCCAAAAUGAUGUUGAAGAAGGCAAAAAAAGUAAAGCUAGAAGAUUAAAAUUAGAGGUCACUGCAAGGUCAUUGCUAAGUCCUGCUUGAAGUUAUGAUUAUGAGGGCAGUUUUUUUGGUAUUCUGAGGCAUGGUUUAAAAAGAUAUUCGAAAAAGAGCAUUGAUUAGAAUUAGAGAACACCUACAUACCUCCAAGUUAUUGGCGUUAAUCUGGCACCUAUUUAAGUGUCAACAUUCAUCCUAUUUUCAAGACGGUGGGCCACUCUAAGAUCACUGAAACCCCCUAGAUGAAGGUCAAAAGGAUGACGCUUUUAGCCUUUGAAAGAGAGGCAGAUCAUUCCAAACCUGUCGCUUUGAAAUAUUCAUGCUAACGAUGGCGCUAGUUUGUACAAAAAAACUAGUCCUUCGAGAAAGACAAGUGCACGAGAAGACAGGAUCAUGCAGAGAUAGUCUCAAUGAGAAAUUGCUUGCUGGCUGAACAGGGUUAAGAUCGGUUUAAGAGAAAGUAAAAGUAAAGUGAUUUGUGGUGCGGUGACCCAUAAGCAUUUAACUAACAUAAGAGUAGUGUAUACGCCUACACUUCUAGCUGAUUACUCACUUCCUCCGCUUACAAUGCUUUGGCAAACCUCAAGUAUAACUAUAUUGACGAACAGUAACAAUCAUUUAUAACAUUAACUUAUUUAACCGUAAAUAUGAACCGCUAAGUGUUUGUAGAACUGUCGCUAGUGUUGUUUUUGUAAGGUAGAUGUGAAACUGUGAGUAUCCUGGGCAGGAAUGGAAAAAAAAAAAAAUAAGAACACCUACAACCACACGCUAUUCAUAGACACACUGCAGACACCUCAGAAACAAACAUCAACCGCAAACGUCCAACUUACACAAAAACUCCACUCGGCGCAUAAUACUAUUACUGUACAGAAGGAAAUAAGUGUUUUGAAUCUAGAGAAUUACACAUAUAGUUGAGAGACUUUAAAGACACGGCUCAAAAAUGCAUUUAUCAUCACAUAAACAU